AUGAAUGGAACAUUGUCAAACCCAUUCAACAUUACAUACCCGACGGCCGUACAGUCGUCACUCGACGCCUAUGCUUCGUUCGCGCGUUUUGACCCUUCUGGGCGGUUCGUUGCAGCAGGAAGAUCAGACGGCUCAGCAGUCAUCUGGGACCUGGACACCAAGGCGGCCAUCCGGCACCUCGAGGGUCAUGUCAAGGGUGUCACUAGCGUAGACUGGUCGCGUAACUCGCGCUACGUGCUGACCUCGUCGAAGGACUGGAACGUCAUUAUAUGGGACCUUGCGUCGGACACCGAGCCUGUACGCCGCCAAGUACUGCGGUUCGACGCACCUGUUGUGUCGGCGUCGUUCCACCCUCGGAACAGUAAAAUUCUACUCGUGUUAUUGGGAAGCGGAGAGGCGUACGUUGUUGACCUCCGUAGAGAAUACAGAGGCCGCUUCGAGUUGUGUGAAGUACAAGACGACAGCGACGAGGAGGGGCAAAUGAGCAAACAAAGAUCCGCAAUGACAGUAGCUCGCUUUGACCCCUCUGGGAAACACGUAUUUAUUGGAACAACAUCGGGCUCAAUCCUCGUUUUCAAUACACGCACCAAAUCGAUGGUAGCACGUCACAAAAUAUCUGGUGCAGGAAUUAUGCGAGGUCUUGACUUUACAAAGAGUGGACGCCGCCUAGUCACAAACUCGUCGGACCGCACUCUCAGACAGUUCAACGUACCCUCGUAUGCCCCUCCGACGGCAGAUCGAGAGUAUAUCGAGCAGGAGCUCGAGCCAACACACCGCUUCAACGACCCCAUCAACAAAACAGCGUGGCACGCCAUGUCGUAUAGCCCUGAUGGCGAGUGGCUAGCAGGUGGUGCUGCCGAUAAUGCGGCUCACAAGAUAUACAUAUGGGAUAUAUCUAACGAGGGCCAAUUUGCCAGCGCGUUAGAUGGUGGUCGCGAGCCGCUUCUAUACCUUCACUGGCACCCACACAAACCCGCAAUUGCGUCUACGACGAACCAAGGCAACAUCCUCAUAUGGCACUGCCCGACACCUGAGCGGUGGGGUGCAUUCGCUGGCGGAUUUGAAGAAGUAGACGAGAACGUCGAGUACGAGGAGCGAGAGGAAGAAUUUGACAUAGAAGAAGAGAGCGAGCUCGCGCUGCGCAAGAUGAAAGCAGAGGAGCAGGAAGUAGACAUCGACGGAUUGACCGAUGAUAAAGACGAGGUAGCGAGAAGGAAUGAAUUGCAGAGGAAUGAUGAGGACGAUGAGGAUGUUGCGUGGGCGACGGAAGAACCGGACGAGGACAUCUCUGACUGGAGGAUGCGAAUACAAGUUGAGGACGAGUCGGACACUGCGAUAUAG